AUGUCCUCCAUAUCCAUCGCCUCCAUCCCCCGCCUCCGCCCCUCAACCCUUUCCACCCUCCUCCUCGACUCCCCCUCCCCCACCUCCAUAGCCAUUAUCGACGUCCGCGACGACGACUACAUAGGAGGCCACAUCCGUGGCGCCCUCAACUUUCCCUCCCAGACCCUCGACGCCACCCUCCCGACCCUCAUCCGCAAGCUCCAAGACAAAGAAACCGUCAUCUUCCACUGCGCGUUAUCACAGCAGCGAGGUCCCGGUGCGGCGCUCAAGUACCUGAGGGAGAAGGAGAGGCUUGCCAAGCUGGAGGAGCAGCAAAAACAGAAGCCACAAGAAGAGGCGGAGGCUGAGGGAGAAGGGGAAAACAAGAAGCCGGCUGUGGAGCAGAGAGUAUAUGUUUUGGACAGGGGGUUUGUUGGGUGGCAGGAGGCCUAUGGGGAGGAUGAGAGGUUAACAGAGGGCUACAGAAAGGAGCUUUGGAAGGAUGGGUAUUGGAUGUGA